AUGGACGAGAACAUUCUCCAGAAUCUUGCAGCUCAGAGGUCGCAAGAGUGCCAAUUGAUCGAUCUAACCCUGGGCAGGCUGAAGAAACUGCACGAGUCUGAGGUGGCCAUCUUGGGUGACCUAUACCGAGAAGAUCGGUGGCGCUGGACCCCAGAACAUGGUCUGCAGGUGGGACUCCCUCAAGACUUGGAAGUCCGAUGGUUCUCGCGCGAAUCGGUCCUGGACUUGCAGAAUCGAGUCCGCCCAUUGACACUUCCUGACGGUGAGCCUGACCCGAACGCGGAUCGACGUCUCGAGAGGCAAGAAUAUGUGUGGCUUUUGUCACAGAUGCUGCAUUACGAGUUGGGCUUUGCACUGACUCCUAUCGAUGCGACAGCGAGAAUCGCGACCGCCCUCCGUGCCGGCAAUGUACGCCAACCACGCAAACUCAAGCAUCGUGCGCAGAAGCUGAGAGGAGAUUACCGUCUUCGGAACUCGGACCUCGAUUCAGAGUCAGCAGUCAACGAAGAAACUAGCACUAGCGGCUUUGAUGCCCAACCAGAACGAGAACAGCAGCUCGAAAACGGAGGGACUGAGAACGGAACAGGCACCACACUCUCCUCGGCCGAGUCCGAUCUGAAGAGACGACUCGUGGUAGGGAAGGCCAGAGCGGAUACAGAGGCAAUUAUCCCUGGUCCGAUGGAAAGAGACGUCGGUACCGGAGCGAGGGCUGUCCAAGUUCGGGAAGAGGAGCUGCAGUGUAAUAGCAACGCCAAUGAACAAUAUGGGUACAAAAGAGACGCUGCUGCGACUGUCACGACCACCGGCACGAGGCAAACCCCGGUGACCACGAGAUCAAACUUGCGCAGUCCAGCAAAAAGGCCUUGGGUUUCUCACUCAGAUACCCUUCAGAAGACUCUGGAUCCGCUCCCGCCAGCACCGCGGCCAGUUCAGUUCAGUGAACAAGUCGCAGACAAGCACGCGAAGAGUACCCAGACAUUCCUCGCUCUAGGAAGGGCCGCACCAGCUCCACCUAGAACUGAUAAUGAUAGAAGCUUUGAGGAGAUGAGUCGGAGGGUGAGCACAGACAAUACCAAAACUUUCUCUGCUGCUAAAGCUCGCAAGACUUGGUCUCCGAUCGAAACAUCAACUGUACUGGACGAGGAUACUGCAGGACAAAAUCGAAGCACGACACCAGUGCUGGAGGGAAUUACUCAGUCUCUCGGUAACGAGUACAGAGCUGGAGGCUUUCGUUACAAUGUCUUGCAAAGGCCACACGAAAGCCCAACACAAUCCCCUCAGACUGGGACCAAACAUUUGGCAAUGAAAGACACAGGUCCGUGGAUCUCAGGGCCAGACAAGAUUCAAUUGCUUCGACCUAAGAAUCCUGCCCCAACCACAGAGGAAAUGGAACAAGUAAACCAACCAGGGCAACCCUGUCCCGUUUACAUUGUCAUUGAGGACUCGGACAGCGAGCACCAUUCAGAGCAUCCUCACAGGGGUAAAGGAUCUUCAAUAAGGAGGCUGAAAAAAAGGAAACCUUGUGUCAAGGCUGCGAGUGCCUUGGGUACGUUCUAUGCGACGAGGUCGAUCUUUUUAAUCCCACCCAGUGACAUUGGUGGCGAUGAUGGCGCACAACUGUCCGGUCGACGGAGAAGCUUGUCGAGUGCACCGUCGAGGAUCAGCGCUAUAUUUCCUCAAACGAAAAGAACCGUCGCGAAUCGUACUAACCUCACCAGCAGAGUUGCUGCCAAAGUUCGAGUCGGUAGGCAUACCCCGGAUGUUUGCACGUCGAAAACACGCCCUACCCGGCAGUCCGAAGACAAUUCUGAUCCGUUGGAACGGAUCCCGUUUGGCUACAUUCGCAGUACAGAAUCCAAGUCUCGACAUGGAGAUCCCCCAGAAGCUGGCGCUGCAGCUAAUGGGUUUCCUCCCAAGAUCAGAAGAGCUCCAUCACCCUGGAACCGGAACCUAUCUAACCGGAUACAAGUCUCGUCCCUUCAGCAAGAAAACCUCAAACUCGUACAAAAAGCAACCGUCAAUCUAUAUAGCCCACAAUCGGCUAAAACAGUCAGCUUAAAGAAGGCUGAGGUGCCAAAGAAAGCAGAGUCCCCAAAGCGAACACAAAUACCCGGAACAGCACUGACGGUUUCCGAUAACUAUGCGCUGAAUGCAAAGGUUGAAGAAGUUUGCAAGGACACUGACAAGGUCGUCGAAGAGCUGCGGCACAGUUCUCAAACAGUCGUGAGGAGCUUCAAACCCCCACGCAAGAACAAACGACCCCAUUCUGCAGCCUUCAGCGAGCAUGGAGGCUCUAGAAAAGGCGGCAAAAGGAAACCGAACAGCACCAACACGACAUAUGAUCUGGUGGAAAGGACAACGCCGGGUGCUCCAAAGAGCGCCAUACCACGAGAUAACGACGUACCCAUAUUUCCUAGGAUGGAAUAUCUCAUGGGAUGUGAUAGGAAUGGCGUCCCUGCCAAACGCGCACCUUUCCGUCGACCGACACCUCUCACCCACACUCUCCGCGACCAGAGCGACGCCGCAAGGAUCCAAGAACGAAAGCGAGCUAUUGGAGCCGAUUCCCCAAACCAUCUCCUCCGCGGAGUGGGAUAG